AUGGCAGCUCGUAAGGGCAGCAUGAACAGGCACAUCAAGACCCACACCGGAGAGAAACCCUUCGUGUGUGGGAAAUGUGACUUCAGGACGACUCGGAAGAGUAACCUGGAUGUGCACGUGAGGACUCACACGGGUGAGAAACCGUUUGCAUGUCCAGACUGUGACUACAGAACAGCUGACAAGUCCAGUAUGAACAAGCAUGCAAGAAUCCACACGGGUCAGAAGCCGUACACCUGUGGAGAAUGUGGCCACAAGAUGACUCUAAAGAGCACCUAUACCAGGCACAUGAGGACCCACACGGGAGAAAAGCCUUUCGUAUGUAUGGUAUGUGGCUACAGGGCAGCUCAGCAGGGCACAAUGGACAGACAUAUGAUGACCCACAAAGGUGUCAAGGGUGCCAGAUACCUGAAGGACACAGCUGCACCUGGACAGACAUCGGACUCACAAAAAUCCAAAGCUGGAAGUAACAGUAGAAUAAAGACAGAAAAUGGUACAAAGGAUGCUUAA